GGUGAACCCAGCUCAGAUUUGAAAAUUGAAGGUCGUAGACGAAUCACAAGGAAACAGAGAAGUGCUGUGAGAUUUCUUUUUGGCGGACGAAAACGGAGAUAAGCUUUUGGGGGAAAUGGCGACGCCGUUACCAGAUUUUGAGACGGCGAGAGGCGGCGGAGGAGUGGCGUCUUCUUCAACCACGGUUCUUACGAGUUCUGUGUCUUCCUCUUCUUCCUCUCGUCCGUUGCCUGUGGCGAAUUCGUUCUCGGAAGACGCGGAAGAGAUUUCUCCGAUCCUGAUUUUCUUGUUCUUUCAUAAGGCAGUAUGUAGUGAGCUUGAAACUCUUCACAGAUUGGCGCUGGAGUUUGCUACUGGUCACCAUGUCGAUCUCCGGCUGCUUCGUGAACGGUACCGGUUCUUGAGAUCCAUCUAUAAGCAUCACUGCAAUGCCGAAGACGAGGUGAUAUUUUCAGCUCUUGACAUACGUGUGAAGAAUGUAGCGCAAACAUAUUCUCUUGAACACAAGGGGGAAAGCAAUCUUUUCGAUCAUCUCUUUGAGCUGCUGAAUUCUGCCACGGAAACUGAUGAAAGUUACCGAAGGGAGUUGGCUCGUUCUACUGGAGCACUUCAGACUUCUGUUAGCCAGCACUUGGCAAAAGAACAGAAACAGGUGUUCCCCUUACUUAUUGAGAAAUUCAAGUAUGAGGAGCAAGCUUACAUAGUCUGGCGGUUUCUCUGCAGUAUUCCUGUGAAUAUGCUUGCUGUGUUCCUGCCAUGGAUUUCUUCCUCCAUUUCAGUAGAUGAAAGCAAGGAGAUGCAAACGUGCUUAAAGAAGAUAGUUCCAGGCGAGAAGCUCCUUCAGCAGGUUAUUUUCACCUGGUUGGGAGGGAAAAGCAAUACUGUGGCUUCGUGUCGCAUUGAAGAUUCUAUGUUCCAGUGCUGUCUAGAUUCUUCUAGCAGCAUGCUUCCUUGUAAAGCAAGUAGAGAACAGUGCGCAUGUGAGGGGUCCAAGAUUGGGAAGAGAAAGUACCCAGAGCUUACUAAGUUUGGUUCAUCCGAUACUCAGAUGCACCCAGUUGAUGAGAUAAAGCUCUGGCACAAGUCAAUCAACAAGGAGAUGAAAGAAAUAGCCGAUGAGGCUAGGAAGAUUCAGCUAUCUGGAGAUUUUUCGGAUUUAUCUGCAUUUGAUGAACGCUUACAAUAUAUUGCUGAAGUGUGCAUCUUCCACAGUCUUGCAGAGGACAAGAUUAUAUUUCCAGCAGUAGAUGGGGAGUUUUCAUUUUCUGAGGAGCACGAUGAAGAAGAAAAUCAGUUUAACGAGUUUCGAUGCUUAAUUGAAAAUAUCAAGAGUGCUGGAGCCUCUUCUACUUCCGCUGCUGAAUUUUACACCAAGUUGUGCUCACAUGCUGAUCAAAUAAUGGAAACUAUUCAAAGACACUUCCACAACGAGGAAAUUCAGGUGCUACCCCUUGCACGAAAGAACUUCAGCUUUAAAAGACAACAAGAACUUCUCUACCAAAGCCUGUGUAUAAUGCCAUUGAGACUAAUUGAACGAGUUUUGCCAUGGUUGACGGCAUCUUUAACAGAAGAUGAAGCUAAGAAUUUUCUGAAGAACUUGCAAGCUGGAGCACCUAAAUCAGAUGUUGCUCUCGUUACUCUUUUCUCUGGUUGGGCAUGCAAAGGACGCAAAGCCGGGGAAUGCUUGUCUCCAAACGGGAAUGGUUUAUGCCCUGUUAAAACACUAAGCAACAUUAAAGAAGUCAACCUUCAGUCAUGUAAUACUUGUGCGUCUGUUCCAUGCACGAGUAGGAGUACAGAAUCGUGUUGCCAGCAUCAAGAUAAAAGGCCAGCUAAGCGAACUGCUGUAUUGUCUUGUGAAAAAAAAACCACCACGCACUCGUCAGAAGUUGCAAAUGGGUGUAAGCCAUCUGGAAAUGGUAGGUCAUGCUGUGUUCCGGAUCUCGGAGUUAACAAUAAUUGUCUGGAACUUGGUUCUCUUCCAGCAGCUAAAGCUAUGAGAUCUUCUUCGCUAAACUCUGCUGCACCCGCUCUUAAUUCCAGCCUCUUUAUUUGGGAAAUGGAUAGUAACAGCUUUGGUACUGGACAUGCCGAGCGGCCAGUUGCUACAAUAUUCAAGUUUCACAAGGCCAUAAGCAAAGAUCUAGAGUUUCUUGAUGUUGAAUCUGGAAAGCUCAUUGAUUGCGAUGGGACAUUUAUUCGUCAAUUUAUCGGUCGAUUUCACCUACUCUGGGGUUUCUACAAGGCUCAUAGUAAUGCAGAAGAUGACAUCCUAUUUCCAGCUCUGGAAUCGAAGGAGACGCUUCACAAUGUCAGUCACUCUUACACGCUCGACCAUAAACAGGAGGAGAAGUUGUUUGGUGAUAUUUAUAGUGUCCUUACUGAACUUUCAAUUCUUCAUGAGAAGUUACAGAGUGAUUCUGUGAUGGGGGACAUAGCUCAAACUGACACUGUUCAGACUGAUAUCGAUAACAGUGACUGCAAGAAGAAGUACAAUGAACUGGCUACAAAGCUACAAGGGAUGUGCAAAUCCAUUAAAAUCACUUUGGAUCAGCAUAUUUUCUUGGAGGAACUGGAGCUAUGGCCUCUAUUUGACAAACACUUCUCCAUUCAAGAGCAAGACAAGAUUGUGGGUCGUAUAAUCGGAACAACGGGUGCUGAAGUUCUCCAAUCUAUGUUACCAUGGGUGACGUCUGCCCUUUCUGAAGAUGAGCAAAACAGAAUGAUGGAUACCUGGAAGCAGGCAACCAAGAACACAAUGUUCGAUGAAUGGCUUAAUGAAUGCUGGAAAGGAUCACCCGACUCAUCCUCAACAGAAACAUCCAAACCUAGUCCACAGAAAGAUAAUGAUCAUCAAGAAAUCUUGGACCAAACUGGUGAACUAUUUAAGCCGGGGUGGAAAGAUAUUUUCCGCAUGAAUCAGAACGAACUAGAGGCUGAAAUCAGGAAGGUUUAUCAGGACUCAACACUUGAUCCGAGGAGAAAAGAUUAUCUCGUACAAAAUUGGAGGACCAGUCGAUGGAUUGCGGCUCAGCAAAAGUUACCUAAGGAAACAGAAACUGCAUUAAAUGGUGAAGUUGAACUUGGAUGUUCCCCGUCUUUUCGAGAUCCCGAGAAACAGAUAUAUGGAUGCGAGCAUUACAAGCGUAACUGCAAGCUUCGAGCUGCUUGUUGUGAUCAGUUGUUCACUUGUAGGUUUUGCCAUGACAAAGUAAGCGACCACUCCAUGGAUAGAAAAUUGGUGACGGAAAUGCUCUGUAUGCGGUGCCUCAAGGUGCAACCUGUUGGUCCCAUCUGCACAACACCUUCAUGCGACGGAUUCCCAAUGGCAAAGCACUAUUGCAGUAUUUGCAAACUUUUUGAUGAUGAAAGGGCUGUUUACCACUGUCCAUUCUGCAACCUUUGCCGGGUCGGGGAAGGACUAGGAAUCGAUUUUUUCCAUUGCAUGACAUGUAACUGUUGCCUGGGGAUGAAACUAGUAAACCACAAGUGCCUCGAGAAGAGCCUCGAGACAAAUUGUCCCAUUUGCUGCGAAUUUCUUUUCACAUCGAGUGAAGCAGUUAGAGCCUUACCAUGUGGUCACUACAUGCACUCAGCUUGCUUCCAGGCUUACACUUGCAGCCACUACACAUGUCCAAUCUGUGGAAAAUCAUUAGGAGAUAUGGCUGUUUAUUUCGGUAUGCUUGAUGCACUGUUAGCUGCAGAAGAACUUCCAGAGGAAUAUAAAAAUCGCUGUCAGGACAUUCUAUGUAAUGAUUGUGAACGCAAAGGAACUACACGGUUCCAUUGGUUGUACCAUAAAUGCGGGAGCUGUGGUUCUUACAAUACCCGUGUGAUCAAGUCCGAAACAACCCCCCCAGACUGCUCAACCUCAUCCUGAAAACACUGAGAGGUUUCACUCACUUUUUACUCCUUUUUUUCGGGUUUUACUUUCUGUUUCGCACAACAAUUUGAAGAAGCCCGUUCUGAUAGAUUUUUAUUUGUAUAGUCUCUGAGAUAUUAAGAUUUUGAAGAGUCUUUAUUUAGGUUACCUUUCCUUACUAUACAUUUUGGCUUGGACAAAGCCAAAAAUCGUUUGUUUCUGGAACAUCCCAUACCAUUUCGUCCUUCUCUUCCUCAUAAUCCGCUAUUUGUUUUUGCAUUAAGCUGAGACUUUUUCUUUGAAGAGUGUAAAUAGUUACAGUUUUUAAUAGAAAACUUUAUUGACU